CACGUGCUAGAGGAGUCCCGCUGCGGAACUGUAAGUGUUCCGGGGUGGUGUACCUACGACUGCGCGGUGCCUGAAGGGGCCAGGCCUAGGUCGGUGUGGGUUACCCGGCCCGGGCUGGCGAACAGACAAGUGGGCGAAACGGAACGGGCCGCCUUUCCCGGUGACGCACUAUCCUGGGCCCUCACUCAGCCAUGGGUGUGCAGCCCCCCAACUUCUCGUGGGUGCUUCCAGGCCGGCUGGCAGGGCUGGCGCUGCCUUCAUCCCCUGCCCAUUAUCAAUUCCUGCUGGAUCAGGGCAUACGGCAUCUGGUGUCGCUGACGGAGCGCGGGCCCCCUCACACAGACAGCUGCCCCGGCCUCACCCUCCACCGACUGCGAAUCCCGGACUUUUGCCCGCCAGCCCCCGAACAGAUAGAGCGCUUCGUGCAAAUCGUGGACCAGGCCAACGCCCGGGGAGAGGCUGUGGGAGUGCACUGUGCCUUGGGCUUUGGCCGUACUGGCACCUUGCUUGCCUGUUACCUGGUGAAGGAUCAGGGCCUGGCUGCAGGAGAUGCCAUCACUGAAAUCCGGCGACUUCGACCUGGCUCAAUAGAGACGCAUGAGCAGGAGAAAGCAGUCUUCCAGUUCUACCAGCGAACUAAAUAAGGAGUCUCAUCACCCUUCUGCCAGGCCCCCACUGCCCUGACCAGAAUGAUGGAGCCAGAGAUAUGGAAGUAGAAUAAAACCCUCCAGCUCCCAACUGGCUCAAGAGACUGAAGUUGCCCUUCCCUGCUGCUAGGUUCUGAUUGAAGGGAUGGCUGGAGCUGCAUUGAUGUGAGGGUUCCUCUGCUGCUUCCUUGAAUAAAUUAUUUAUAAGAACCA